UAUAAAGAAAAGUUUGGCAAUUAAGUAAACUUCUGUGUGUAUAGAAAGUUUUCUUGAUUGAAAGUGCUUUGACACACAUCGACUUUCUCUUCUUUUUCCUUUCCUUUCCUUUUCCAAGAGAAACACCGACUUUUAUCCUUAAACCCCUAAACUUGGCAACUAAGUAACCUCCACUUAGAGGAAAACUAUAUAUAUACCACCGCUUAAUUGCUAUCAAUUUUCAAAACAAACUCGCUUCCGCCAAAUAUAACUGAUUUGCUACACUGAUUCUGUAAAAAGCUUGCGAUCUGAGAAAGAUGCAGAGGAGUAGAAGCUUAGGAAGGGCAAACUUGAUUGCUUUUAAGAGCUUGGAUGUCAACUUUGGACGACUCAACAGUGUGUACGAGGAGAAAGGCGACGAGGCAACAAAGCUCAAAGGCUGCGUCAAAGAAGAAUGGGAGAUUGAUCCCCAUAAACUAACUGUUAAAAAAUUAAUAGCUCGAGGGACUUUUGCUUCUGUUCACCGAGGAGAUUAUGACGGCCGAGACGUUGCAGUUAAAGUGCUUGACUGGGGUGAUGAAGAUCAAAAGACAAACGCUCAAAUUUCUUCACUUAGGGCAGCAUUUCGGCAAGAGGUUUCUAUUUGGCAGAAACUGUCUCAUCCCAAUGUUUCACAGUUGAUAGGUGCUAUGAUGGGUACAUCAGAAAUAAAAUUCCAAACCCACAAUGGCCGAAUUGGCAUGGCUGUCAAUUUGUGUUGCCUUGUCACUGAUUAUCAACCUGGAGGUUCUCUGAAAUCCUACCUCAUCAAGAACCGAGAAACAAAGCUGCCUUUCAAGCAUUUCAUGCAACUAGCUCUAGAUCUUGCAAGAGGGUUGAGCUACCUACAUUCCAAGAACAUUGCGCACAGAGAUGUGAAGACAGAAAAUAUGCUUCUUGACGAGAAUCAAACACUGAAGAUUACUGAUUUCGGAGUUGCUAGACUUGAAGCUUUGAAUUCUAAUGAAAUGACGGGUUGUACUGGUUCACUUGGUUACAUGGCUCCAGAGGUCUUCGAAAACAAGCCAUACAACAGGAAAUGUGACGUUUACAGCUUCGGAAUUUGCUUAUGGGAGAUGUAUUGCUGCAACGUGUUGUAUCCAAAUAUAAGCUUCGCUGAAAUAACUUCUGCGGUGGUUUACCAGAAUCUGAGGCCAGAAAUACCCAAGUGUUGUCCAAGGUCUGUAGCAAAAGUGAUGAGAAGAUGUUGGGAUGCAGAGCCUAACAAGAGACCAGAGAUGGAGGAGGUAGUGUCAAUGUUGGAGGCCAUAGACGCAUCCAAGGGGAGAGGCAUGACCCCUCUUAACCAGCCUCCAGGUUGCUUCUGCUACAGGUUCUGAAGGCUACAAGUCUGCUUCAGAAACCCAUGGAUAUGAACUUGUGCUAACCCAGCUAAUAUGUAAAUUCUUAGGCGUAAAUAGAGAAACCAAGACUGAUAUAUGCAACCAUUCUUUUAUUUUAAUGCACUAAUAAUAUUUUGGUUC